AUGGCAUUUAAAGGCCAAAGCAAUGGAGGCAUUGACCUAUUAAAGAAACGUGAUAGAGAAGACGAAGAUGGGGAAGUUACAUCAGUACUAAAGAAAGAAAAACCAACAUUUCAAGUACCACAACUAUAUUAUCCUCCAAGAAAUGAUAUCCCACCCUUGCCAACUAUAGAUAUCCACAACUAUACAAUGAUUACAUCUGUUAUAAAAUUGAAACAAAAUAUACCAUUUUCGAUAUAUAAUUUAAAUGGUGAAGAUAAAAUUGAAGAAGGAGAUGGUAUUGAAAGAUAUUCAAACAGAUUUACGUUUACAAAAAAUAGAUCGACAAGUUCAAUCGAAUCCAAAUUACCCGGUAUACCAUUUGGGUACUUUCCUUAUGAUUUGGUUGUAAAUAAAAGAAAAACAAAAAAAAGAGUAAAGGUAUCAAAUAAAUCAUUAGAUGGAUUGCAAAAAGAGGAAGAGGAAGGUGAAAAGAACCAAGAAGAGGGUGUCAAUCUUGAAGAGGAAGAGGAGGAAGAGGAAGAAGAUGAAGGUGACUAUGCUGAAGAAAAUAUUGUUGACGAUGACGAGGAUAUGUCAGAUCCUGAAGAUGGUGGUGAUGAACGUGAAACUUUUUUUUAA